GCAAUCUUACUGAUCGCCGAGCUGAAAAAAACAUGCACCGCCGAGAUUUUAAUUGAAAAAGUACGAAUUACCGGGAAAAAUGUAUGACCGUCAAACUUUAUAAAUCAAUCGCGUGUGUAUACUGUGUGUACCCGUGUGUACGUUUGUGCAGACUUUGCGUACACCCACAUCAUAACAAUAUAGGCCUACAAAGUGUGCGAUCACGCGCGUGACACAUCUCCAUGAUCGUUGGUUAACAGCGAGCCAAUUUUUCAUUCAAUUCCAUAUCAUAACAUAUUUUACCGAUGUAAUUGCAUUGGUACUCUCCCACGUAUUGUAACCUUGUAUCGUUGUGUAUGUUCGUGUGCAUGUAUAAUGCAUACAAGUAAAAAAAGAAAUUCAUAAUAAUAGGUACUAGCAGUCAUCGACUCACGAGUGCAGCAACAACAUCGUGCGUGCAGUCGGUCGCGGCGCGUGUAUUAUGUACGAAUCCUUCUUAUUUUUUACUGUAUAAUCACGCAAAGAAGAAGUGCUGCUGCAGCAGUAGCAGCAUUAGCAGCUAAUUGUAUCUGUGUGAGUGUGCUGAGUUUCUGGUUGGGAUUCGUCUGCUUGAAAAUAGGAUCCCGAAGAGAGCGUGUACACAAACAUUUGUGACUUGUGUAUACCUAUAAGCAUAAUACUGUCUCUCGUGUAUAGAUGCACAAGUAUUGCGGUUAAUUCCGGAUUAAACCAAGCUGAUUUCUUUUUCGUUCAUCAAAAUUAACACAUGGAAAAGUGUCAAAUAGCACCUGAUUAUAAAAUCAGCCCGGAGACAAAGCUUGUUGAGUUUUAAGAACAUUUUUUGAGAAUUUUACGUCGAAAAUCAAAGUUAUUACCAUGGUCGAGAGUUUGAUCAACGAGUGGUUGUCAGAUUGCAAAGGGAUUUCUGCUCUCGAGCUUUCCACGUUUGCAAAUAAUCUCGAUCAGGAUGAGGAGAUUGUUCAAGCACUCUAUGGAUUAUUUGAGGAGAGGUCAAAACAUUCACAGUUGUUGGAAGCAGCAUGUGAUCAACUUUUUGAUUUCUACAGAUCUAGGGAAAUAAAAUUGCAAAGAUUUACAUUGCAGUUUAUACCUACUCUUAUUUAUAUUUAUUUAAAUGCAGCAGCUCAUGGUGAUAUCAAGAACUGUCGCACUGUUGAAACUUUAUUACUUGGAAUCUACAAUUUAGAAUUAGUUGAUAAGAAUGGGGAACCCAAAGCAGUAACUUUUCGUUUACCGUCUUUAGCAAUGAUGUCAAUUUAUCAUGAGCCUUCCAGUUUAGCUCCAGCAUCACUUACUGAAAGUGCUGUAAGAAGAUUCGAAGAAUGUAAUUCUAGAUUUGUCAGUUGGGGCCCUUUAAAGUACGUGGAAACGUUAAAUGCCCAAAAUAGAUUGAAAGUCAUGACAGCAUUAUUAUUUAUAUUCAAUCAGCAGUUAGGUUUUUUUAACAAAUCAGUUUUAGAGCAAUCUUGUAAAGUAGCUUCACAGCUGGUCACACAAGGGUUUAUGAACUUAGGUCAUCCUCAACGCACUUCCUAUGGUGGUACAGAUUCUAGUUUUGUUCCAAAGCUUUUACCAAGGAUACCAGUGAAUAACCAAUUUCUUUUAGAAAUACUUCACACUAUUUAUUUUUCCAUGUAUAAUAAUUGUUGGUAUGCAGGAGUUCAAUCUGCUGAUGAUAUCCAUCAUCGAGGCUGUUAUGAAACAUAUCCAGAUGUUAUGCUUGUAACGAAUGCUAUUCGUAAUUCCAGUAGCUCAGGUCCUCCCAGUCAAACUGCAGAAGGUGCGAGCGGUAUAAGUGUUUCAUCUACUUCUACUUCGUCGGUUAUGAAAUCUAUGAUCACGAACGCUUCGUUCCGUGCUAAAAAGUUACCAGAUGAUAUUCCGAUUCAAGAUCAGCAAGGCCAAACUUCAUCGCAGCCAUCAGCGCAGCACCCGUCGUCGGCCGAAAAGGCGAAAGUCGAAAAGACAGCGAGCAUCACCAGCUCAAAAGUCGAGAAGCUCACGAGCAGUAUAAAAAAUUUGGACAUCAAAGGCUCAAAGUCGGAGAGUGGUAGUAAAAGCGAAAAAAGCGCGAAAACGGACGGCAGCAAAGUAGACAAGGGUGCAAAAAUCGAAGGAGAUAGUAAAAAGGAGAAAAAUGUCAAAGCGGAAGGCAGCAAAGCAGACAAAAAUACCAAAACGGAUGGCAGUAAGUCGGAAAAAAAUUCAAAAUCGGAGCAGUAAGACGAAAAAAAAAAUGCGUAUGUAACGUAAGGGAAACUCGAACCCAAAGUCAGACGAUGUCCCAAAAAAUCUCUCUAAGAACUAAUUUAAUGUUUACAAAGUCUCAACUGUUGAGCGAUUGUUUUUUGUUUACUUUGUUCCGAGAUAAAUCGUCUUUAUUUAUGUAAAAAAGUUUUGCCAUUGAAUCAGCUGAUUAGCAAAAGAAACAUAAUGAUGCGACACGCAAAUUCGAGCGAUUCUCAUUUUAAUGCUUGUAUAUAAUAUAACUUGUCUAAUACAAUCAAUGAGCAUUUAACGCUUCGAAAUGUAUAUUUUGUCAGUGCAUACGCGCUUACUAGCUUGUUAAUAUUGUUUUAUUCAAUUUUUUUAUUGAAUUACAGAGAAAUAUUAUUGUUGAUUUAUGCAUGUGGUGUAUAUUGCAACACGAUGUUAUUGUAUACUUCAUUGACAAAUUUUUAUAAAAAGAAAAACGAAUGAUGUUACGAACACAUAUACAUAUAUUUUUUGAAUAG